GGACCAGCAGCAUUCGAAAAAUGGCCCCUGCAGAGCUGCCCGGCUCUUCAGGCACAACUCAAAGUAUGAAGAAGACCAUUGGGCACCGGGGAGUUGAAACUACCACAGGAGAGACCACGUACAAAAAGACAACAUCAUCUGCCCUGAAAGGAGCGAUCCAGUUGGGCAUCGCUCACACAGUAGGCAGCUUGAGUCAGAAGGCAGAGAGAGAUGUUCUCAUGCAGGACUUUGUGGUGGUGGAAAGCAUCUUUUUCCCCAGUGAAGGCAGCAACCUGACUCCUGCUCAUCACUACAGUGACUUUCGCUUUAAGACCUACGCUCCCAUUGCCUUCCGUUACUUCAGAGAAAUGUUUGGCAUCCGGCCCGAUGACUACCUGUACUCUCUGUGUAAUGAGCCACUGAUUGAGCUGUCAAACCCUGGAGCCAGUGGAUCCAUCUUCUAUGUUUCUAGUGACGAUGAGUUUAUCAUUAAAACUGUUCAACACAAAGAGGCAGAAUUCCUGCAGAAACUCCUGCCAGGUUACUUCAUGAACAUAAACCAGAACAAGCGAACUCUGCUCCCUAAAUUCUACGGACUGUACUGUGUUCAGGCUGGAGGGAAAAAUAUCCGUAUUGUUGUCAUGAAUAACCUCCUGCCUCGGAUCAUCCCCAUGCACCUGAAAUACGACCUGAAAGGCUCCACCUAUAAGAGACGAGCUUCUCCUAAGGAAAGAGAAAAGACUGUUCCUACUUACAAAGACCUGGACUUCAUCCAGGACCUGCCUGACGGCCUGCUGCUGGAAGCAGACAACUACAAUGCCCUGUGCAAGACUAUUCAGAGGGACUGCUUGCUCCUGCAGAGUUUUAAGAUCAUGGAUUACAGUCUGCUGAUGGGCAUUCACAACAUGGAGCAGGCCAGUCGGGAGCGGGAGCGCAGCGGGGGCGGCUCGGGAGACGGUGCAGUUCUGGAGGGUCCGGUGACCCCAGAUCAGCGUCGACCUCAAGCUCAGAAAAGCUUAUACUGCACAGCCAUGGAGUCCAUCCAGGGGGAGGCUCGAGGGAAGGGGGCUUUGGAUUCAGAGGACCAUAUGGGAGGGAUUCCAGCUCGCAAUGCAAAGGGAGAGAGGCUGCUCAUCUACAUCGGCAUCAUCGAUAUUCUUCAGUCCUACAGGUUCAUCAAGAAGUUGGAACAUUCCUGGAAAGCUUUGGUCCAUGAUGGGGACACUGUUUCAGUUCACAGACCUGGCUUCUAUGCAGACCGUUUCCAGCAGUUCAUGUGCAACACAGUGUUUAAGAAAAUACCACUUAAACCAUCACCAUCGAAGAAGAGCCGUGGAGGUGGUCAAGGUGGGCUCAGACGGGCCCCCACUCUGGGGGCUCCCACCCCUCUGUCCCACACAGCUGCUGACUCCAGACUAACUUAUCACAGUCAUUUCAGAAGCACAGAGUCAGAGGCCGACAGUG